CGCGUAAGGCGCCGUAUAAUUUGGAGGGAGGCUUUAUAUCUCUCGCGUCUGUAGCGUAGAGCCGCAGAUCAAAGGCGACACUUGGCCUAUCCACGUGUCUACUGCCGGAUGGCCGGGUACUCCGUUCGCGGUUGUGCUGCUUAUCUCUACGUACGCGGAGCCGUUGGAAACGAUUGAGAUUGUUAGCUUGUCUUGCCCGAAUCGAAUCGAAUCGAAUCGUACCUGAAUGCGAACGUGACGUUUUACCGUUGAUUCGCAUUCGGCGCGAACGCCGAUUAUCUCGCCAGCUCCGUGGAAGCUUUGGAAGUUUCGAGAGGAAAAAAAAGUCGGAAGAUCGAGCGCUUCGAGAGAGUCCAAGACGCGACUGGCGACUGAUAGCGGACCGAAAAUCCACGGAUUGCCUCUGUUUCUAAAUUAGAUUUCGCACGGUUUUCUUCUUUCGGUGAGGACCGACAAUGUUGGUGCACGCGUUUGAAAAGUACGGCCUGUUCUGCGCCGGACAUCCCUGGGAGGUGAUCGUGACGAUCCUCACUUUGACAGCAUGUAUGCUUAACAUAGAGACCGGAAAUAGACAGGAACGCGAAGAGGACUUGCCCUAUGCUGCGUACUGUCGUCACAACAGAUGCGAUGUUACGGACCUAAACGCGGCUGAUAUUAUAGUGAUGACGAUAAUACGUUGCUUGGCAGUAUUAUUUACUUAUCAUCAGUUUCGCAAUUUGCAAAAAAUGGGAUCCAAGUACAUUUUAGGUAUCGCCGGCCUGUUUACCGUAUUUUCUAGCGUCAUGUUCACCUCCAGCGUGAUAAAUUUCGGCCGCAGCGACAUUGCGAACUUGAAGGACGCCCUAUUCUUCUUUUUUCUUCUUAUCGAUCUGUCGAAGGCCGCAACAUUAGCCCAAUACGCUCUGAGUUCGCGGAAUCAAGAAGAAGUCAAGACGAACAUCGCGCGCGGCAUGUCUCUGCUGGGACCGGCCAUCACUGUGGACACCCUCGUGGAGACUCUCCUAAUCAGCAUAGGAUCCUUAUCGGGCAUCAGAAGGCUGGAGAUCCUCUGCACCUUUGCGUGCCUCGGAGUUAUCGUUAACUACAUCGUCUUCAUGACGUUCUAUCCGGCCUGCUUGUCGCUUAUACUCGAGCUUUCUCGCGGGAACAAUAAUAUGGGCCAACUGAGCGCGGACAGGAUGUUCAUAAUGCAGCCGUUAAACGAGGAGGAUCAAAAACCAAAUCCAGUUGUGGAACGAGUCAAGAAGAUCAUGAUCGCCGGCUUAUUCGUAGUACAUGCCAACAGCCGCUGGCCCUUUAAGAGUGAGGAAGGCAAGUACACGAAAAUGGCAGCGACAUCUACGAGUUUGAACGCGACAAAUGAUUCUGACCAUAUUGAAAACACCGAUUUGGAAGAACACUUGAUGACUUGGCUAUCAACCAACGCAGAUAAAAUAGUAGUAUUGAUACUGGUGUUAGCUGUGGCCGUAAAAUUCAUCUUCUUCGAUGAUAGAAACGAUGUGGUUGCCAAACGGUUGAGAUUUAGAGAAGAAGAAAAGGAAGAAAAGGAACAGCAGCAAGAAGAGGAGGAGAUGAUAGUAGAGGAAAAAGGGAAAUUUCUUGACGGCUCAGCUAAUCUAGAUGAUAUCACUGUGAACACAUGGUUGCAAGAACGUUAUGGUGUAACGUCCGGCGUAAAGUCCGAUGUACCGACUAUCCGAGAGCCGGUCUUUCCACUGUCUGGUGUGGGUGGUGGAUGGGAGUCCGAUGAGUCCGAUAAGGAGUAUUCUGAUAAGGAGGUGCAGACUGACGUAGUUUAUCAUGACCAGAAUGAUUCUGGUGAAAUUGAUACAUCGCCGAAAUCUAAAACUCCCAGGAGCUUGGAAGAUUGUCUUGAGAUAUAUCAAUCACAGCUUGGAGCCAAAGCCUUGACGAACGAGGAAGUGAUACAGUUGGUAAAUCACAAAGACAUAGCUGCAUAUCAGUUAGAAAAAGCGGUGGAUAAUCCGGAGCGUGGUGUCGAUAUUAGACGUAACAUUGUGGGUACUGCCGGCAAGUUUAUCAAAGAGAUAACCAAUUUGCCAUAUAGGAACUAUGACUACAAGAAGGUACUUGGCGCCUGCUGUGAAAAUGUGAUCGGUUACGUGCCGAUGCCUGUUGGCAUCGUUGGACCGUUAUUAAUCGAUGGCCAGUUCUAUCACGUGCCGAUGGCAACGACGGAGGGCUGUCUAGUAGCGUCAACCAAUCGUGGCAGCCGUGCGCUUUUAAAAUGCGGCGUAACCACCCGCGUAACGGCUGACGGGAUGACCCGAGCACCCGUAGUACAAUUCCCGAACAUUGUACGCGCGUGUGAGGCGAUAUCGUGGAUAGAACAGCCGCAAAACUUUCAAGAGUUAAAGAAAAGCUUUGAUCAGACUAGUCGCUUUGCACGUUUGAAAAAAAUUCAUACAAGAAUAGCCGGUCAAGAUGUGCAUCUACGCUUUGUUGCCACGACUGGCGACGCCAUGGGUAUGAACAUGCUAUCACAGGGAACGGAAAAGUCUCUGCAGACGUUGCAGACAUAUUUUCCGGAUAUGAAAAUAAUCUCUCUUAGUGGAAACCUCUGCACCGACAAGAAACCUGCGGCCGUCAACUGGAUCGAGGGAAGAGGUAAAAGCGUGGUGUGCGAAGCGAUCAUACCCGCGGAUGUUGUGGCGCGCGUGUUGAAGACCUCUGUACCUGAACUUGUCAAGCUUAACCAUAAAAAGAAUUUGAUCGGCUCAGCCUUGGCAGGCAGUAUAGGCGGCUUCAACGCUCACGCUGCCAAUAUCGUAACCGCAAUUUUCAUCGCCACUGGACAGGAUCCAGCACAAAACGUCGGCAGUAGCAAUUGUCUAACAUUGAUGGAACCGUGGGGUGUAGAUGGUAAAGAUCUACGUAUGACCUGCACGAUGCCCAGCAUCGAAGUCGGCACCAUUGGCGGUGGCACUGUUCUACCAGCACAAGGAGCAUGCCUAGGGAUGCUGGGAAUCAAAGGUGGACAUCCCACAGAACCUGGACAAAAUGCCAAAAAACUCGCCCAAAUAGUUUGCGCCACUGUACUCGCUGCAGAGCUAUCCUUGAUGGCUGCGUUGGCCUCCGGGGAUUUGGUUAAGAGCCAUUUGAGACAUAACAGAUCGUCUGCCCUAGUUAAUAACCCGGUGCCUACUACUCAAAGCAGUAGUACUAAAAGUGGCGAUACACUGACUGUGCCAAAUGUUUUGCCAUUCUAAAAUCUUUAUGCAGACUGUAAAAAGUAUAUGUGUGGCAAACGUAUAUUUUCAUAAUUUCUGUACGAAGCGGCCUGUUGUUAUGUUUAUGACUUUACACCUGCCUCAUUAGUGUUUCAAAGAAACAAUUAGUCAAGUAUGUAUGUUUCUGUUGUAUGCGAUGAGAUGUAGGUCGAACUGUAAUGUGUAUAUUAUAUUUAUGUAUAUAUGUUUACGGGAAAAAAUAUUGCAGAAUUAUUUUAACAAAAA